GACAGCGCGUGCUGGACCUGAUGAGGGUCCAAUGCAGCGUCUUCAGCACGACAUACAACCCCGAGCGGCUGCGCCUGGGCUCGCGCAUCCUUCACCAGCGCCUCAAGGGCCCCGCCGUCGCCUCGUACUACCCGCCGCGCAUAGGAACCAUCAGCCAGCUGCGCAGCCUGUAUCCCGAGCACCAGAUCAUCGACGAGGCCGAGGAGGACUGGCUCGAGCACCUCAAUGUCGCAAAGUCGCGGGGCAAGGGCGCGCCCAAGAAGAAGAGGACUGCUGCUGAAUCCAAAAAGUUCAACAAGCGGAAGUAGGCGCAUGGGUAGCGGGCACCAUCAUGCCACUGGGCUGUACAAAAUGCACGAGUCGGCGUUGAAUUCAGGCGCGCUACAUCUUGCUCUUGACCUCGUCCUGUGCCUUUGCUCUCCACUCGCGUUCAAACUCGUCGUCCCACGCCGUGCGUGCCUGGCGAUGCUCGGGCAGCACGGGGGCGUUCACCUUGUGAUGCUCGACAGUGCAGUACACCGUCUUCCCGUCGACGCUGGUCAUUUCGCCCCGGAUCAUUGCCAUCUGCUUGCCCACACUCACCACCCUGCUGCUGAGCCUGACCUUGACGCCAAUGGGCACGGCCCUGAGGUAUGAGAUGUUGAGUGAGCGUGUGACGCCG